AUGGCUCAAGAAGUGAUAGAAGAGGAGCCAUCCGGGUCAUUCUCCAUUACGAUCCUUCACCAGGCCAUGAUCACAGUCACUUGCAUGACUCCCUUGAAGCCCCCGCUGGACUCAGAGGUGAGAUCUGAGCUGGUGAGUAAAAGCGUCAAGAAAGUGUUCUCUCUGCCAUCCCUGAAAGUGACGAAGCUAAAAGCAGGCAUGCCCAUGCAUCCGAUCCAGACACAGGAUUUUUACCACCAGACGGUCGUGGCCUGCCACAACAUGCUCACCGGGUUGCUGUCGGAGGCCCCCAAUUUGGAGUCGCUGCAGGACAUCUUGAUACACACAAACAUCUGGAUAGACUCCCCAAAGAACUACGAGCGGGAAAGGGCUAUUAGGGGCACGAGUCACCUCCUGAAGUUUGCCUCGGAACACUUGGAAUUUGAUGUGAGUGAAAGCCUGAGGUGA